AUGUCCUUGGUUGGCAUGGGUGGUGUUGGGAAGACCACGCUUGCCAAGAAGGUGUACAACCACCCAGAUGUGAAGAGGCGCUUCGAUUGCAGUUCAUGGGUCUAUGUUUCAAAUAAGAUGGAGCUGCGAGGUGUCCUUCGUGAGAUGGCCAGGGGGCUGGUGAGGAUCCCCUCUGCCGAGGCAAACUCUCUCAGUGAGGGGCAACUCCAAGAACUGCUCUUGAGUGGCCUCAGAGGUAUGCGGUUUUUGCUUGUGCUUGAUGAUGUCUGGGAGAAAGGGCUCUGGGAUGUGAUCAAGCUGGUAUUGCCUAAGAAUGGCAGGAGCCGGGUCCUUGUGACAACGCGUAACGUUGUCGUGGCUGAGUCAGUUAUUGAUGCGAGAAGUGAUGUCCAUCGACUUCAGCCAAUGACAUUUGAAAAUUCCUACAAUUUGUUUUGUAGAAAGGCAUUCUUGGCAGAUGGGGUAUGCCCUGAUGACAUGACAGAGACCGCUAAGGACAUUGUGAGGAAGUGUGUUGGAAGAAAAAAACAGACACCGAAUGGACGUGUCUUGGAGAGUAUUCAGAAGGACUUAAGCAACAGUGAAAUGGGAGUCAACCAAGCACUCUUUUUAAGCUACAAGGAUCUUCCACACCCUUUGAAGCCAUGUUUUCUGCUGCUUUCUGUCAUUCCAUACGACUCAGAGAUCUCACGAAAGAAACUAGUUCGACUAUGGAUUGCUGAAGGGUUUGUGAAAAAGAAAAAUAAUGAGACACUUGAAACAACCGCAGAGAAGUACCUCAUGGAGCUCAUUAACAGAAGCAUGAUAGAAGCGUCGGUCGUUAGCAGCAGCGGGAGAGUAAAAGCAUGCAGAAUUCAUUAUCUCCUUCACGAUCUUGCCGUCUCACUAUCUGAAAAUGGAAACUUUUCUGUCAUUUGUCAUGAUAAAGGUGCAAGCACUAGUGCUCGGCGCAUCUCAUUACAGACAUCUCAUGUGCAAUUCCACAAAGAACACAAGAAAAAAAUGCGAUCUGUUUUCAUGUUCAGUGGUAGUGCACCUGUUGGAUUGAAAAGCAACAUUGUUGCAAAGAGAUUUAAACUGGUAAGAAUUUUGGAUUUAGAAAAUGCCAAUGUGCUAAAACUUCCAAAAGAGAUAGGAGGACUACUACACUUGAGGUAUCUUGGGCUAAGAGGAACACAAUUGAAGAAGCUCCCAAGAACACUGCAGAGACUCUAUCACUUGCAAACUCUUGAUAUCAGGAAGACUUGGAUAAGUAUAAUUGCAUUUCAAAUCAAGUGUUUGAGGAAUUUAAGAAACCUAGAGAUGAAGCAAGAUGGCAAAAGCAUCAAGGCCCUGACAGGACUUUCCCAGCUUGGUGAACUCCAAGUAUUAACUGGUUUGCAAGCAAGUGCAACUGUUGUUCAUGAGAUUGCAAGCCUUACUAAGCUUCAAAAGCUUGCUGUAGAGGACUUAAACAAUGAAGAUGCAGAAAAACUGUGUUCUUGA